CGUGGUCCGACCUGCCUUUGUGCCAAGCUCUCUCCCCCCCUCUCUCCGCGGGCGUUCUCCCUCUCUCUCUCCCUCUCUCUUACGCCACCUACCAUGCACAUGUGCCACGUGCAACGUCCUACGCGCAUUGGUGCUGGCGACGUGAAUCUGAACAUGCACACGUGUGAUUGAGUUUAGUGGUGCUAUGUGAACUUUGAACUUCGACGUGGCUCACUGCAGCGUGUGUUUGAGUCAUUGUUUACUUUGUGGGACUUGGAGGAAAGGCUGGGCUAAACCGUGGCCGAAGUCUUGCCCGUCGGCUGGAGGCUUCGUCGGCAUGGCUGACUCAAAAUGCUGCUGCUGUGAACGAGAGAGCUCUGCUGGAUGGACAAGCGAGAAAGCAAAGGAGUGACUAGUAUAUAUACAAUGUGACAAUAUAUUACAUAAAUGAAGAAGGGAAGAAAUGGAUUUUCAAGCAGCAUCGAGGUUGUCCACGCAGCCUUUGAAACGGGUACCUGCAAGAUCGGGCGCUACGGAACAGUCAGGGAGCGGUGGUGGUGGGUUUAGCUUGGGUAGCGGAGGUGCCGUCCCAGAGCGAUCGCCGGUCCAAGAUGGGGUACCAGCGACUGCGGCGACAUUCCUGGCUCGAUCGGUGCCGGAGGGGUCGCCACGUCACCGGUCUGUGCCAGAUGGCUCGGCGUCGUUCCAUCAGGUGUGGUCAUCGGAUGAAUCACAUCAUCGUCGACAUGGCCAUUGGCGCGAUCACGGAGGGGGAGGAGGAGGAGGAGGAGGAGGAGGGGGAGUUUCGCACCGACACAUGGGAGGAAGUAGUCUUCGUUGGUCAUGGAUGCCUUUGAUUGCACUCAUGUUUACCGUGGCGCUGUUUUGGAUGGUAGGCCCUCCUUCCCCGGAUGAUAGUCCUGUGAUCGAUCCCGGUCGUGGGCUAGGUAAGCACGAAGGCAAUGUCAACUUUUUUUAUGACAGUUUGAAUCACGAUAUUGGUUUUGAUGAUCUUCACAAGGAGGAGGAGGAGAAGAAUAAGAAGAAGAAGGUCGAGAUCAAUCAUGUGUACGGUGUUAAUCUUCAGCAGCGCGAUGGGAAGGAAGGGAGGAGAAAGGGUAUUGUAUUGUCGAUGGGUGUUGGUAAUAAGAUGGGGGAUAUGGGGGGGGGGUUUCGUGUGGCUAUCGUGUCUCCCAAUCUGAAGGCCACGUGUCCUAAAUCUAUUUACUUGCUUACGAUCGGCCGCGCACUCUCUUUGUGCAAUUACGAAGUACACGUGUUGUCCAUACGAGAUGGGGUUUGCCGAUCCACGUGGGAGAGGAUGGGUGCUAAGGUGCAUGCACCUUACCUUGCGGACAACAACACUGCUGCCGACUCCGGGCCGAUUGAUUGGACGCAAUUCGAUGUCGUCCUGGCAAACACGUUGCACACGUGGAAGGCUGUGGAGGUGCUAGCGGGUGAUCCGUUCAGAGCUGUUCCUCUUGUGUGGGUCGUUCACGAGUCGACGCUCAGCCGCAGGCUCUCCCACUACUUGUUGUCGUCAAUGGGAGAGAUCACUAGCAAAUGGACACUCUUGAUGCGGAGAGCGAGUCGUGUCGUUUUCCCAAGUAGAGAGCUGAAGAAUGCUUACAGGGACCUAGGGCUAGCGAAUGCCGAUCUGAUCGAAGGGACACCGAGCCACGUGUGCAAAGCCGAGGCCUAUCUGCGAUCGCACACGUGGCAGAACGAUAGAGCUUCUCUGGGUAUCAUCAGUCCGCAAGAGGUGGUAGUCGCUGUGGUGAUUGACAGAACGGGAACGGCAGAGGAUAACAAAGAGGAAGAAGAAGAAGAAGAAGGAGAAGAAGAAGAAGAAAGGCUGCUCGAGCGUAACUUGGCUAUGGCCGCUCUUCGACUGGCGGAUGUGAAGUUCACAUCAGCGAUGGCGGCGGAGCAAAUUGCCCACAAACGGGGUGCUCGGAGGGGGGUGCCGCGGCUUUUCGGUGACAGUAAAGGCGAUGGAGACGCUGUCGGAACGGAAAAGAGGGUAGAAGCGGGAUCGUCGGGCGGCGAUUCCCAAACCAAUAUGCGAUUUCGCGUGUACGUUAUCGGUCCAGAGGGGGGCGGUUCAAGUCGUGGCCACGUGGGCGGCGAUCGUGAUCGGGAGGACGAGGGGAGGAAGGCCGGCGUUCAGCACAGGUUUGGUCGGGCAAGCAACCACACUGUGGAGAUUGCCAGACCCGACGAGGAGGACCAGGACCGCAUUCUUCUUGCCUCGGAUCUGGUCAUCUAUGCGGGAGGAGGAGGAGGAGGAGGAGGAGGAGGAGGAGGUGGAGGUGGCGGUGGCGGUGGAAGUGGUGGUCGCUCCCAGCGGUCGUCGCAUGGUGACACGUCCGUUCUCGUGCAUGCGCUGGCUUUUGGCAAACCAAUCAUUGCUACGGAUGCGUCAGGCAUCGCUCUUGAGAUGGAGGGGAUGGCCAAUGUGACGUUAACGCCAGCCGAUGAUGUUGAUGGGAUGGCGGCAAAACUUCUGCAGUUGGCUUUGGGGAUCAGCUCGCGGAGAGUGCGAUCAUCACCGUUCGUUUCGCCCAAUUUGUUAGCGAGAUCGGAUGGAGACGACGACUCCUUCCAGGGUGGGGGUGGGGGUGGGGGUGUGAUUUCGAGGAGAGAAUCACUUGGGCGCGCUCGUAGAGUUGGCGUUGGCAAUGUUUUGUCGAAAUUUCUGGCGCUUAUGAAGGAGGUCGUGAUGGGAGAGGAGGCAACGAGGAUGGCUGCUGCCGUGGUGGAAGCAGAGGAGGGAGACGAUCGAGGUGCCAUCGUCUAUCGUGGAGAAGGAUGGGUGGCCGUUGAUGAUGAGGAGGCGAGGAAGGGGGAUGAUGACUCUGAAGGGGAGGAUGGAGUCGAGGCUAUGGAGCUGGAGUGGCAUGCGGAACACGAUGCGAGGAGAGCCAGCCACGACAAGAAGAUUGAGAGGCGGGAGUUGGCGGCGCAAUUUGAGCAGGAGAGAGCGGCGAUGAAGGAGAGACGAGCGGCUGGGGAUGCCUUGUUACGGCUGGGAGAGGUGGGCGACGAAUUCUCCACUGGCUUGUUAGGAGAAGGGGGGUCUGCAGAGGAGCAGUUGCAGACUCUGCGGGCGGAGGAAAAGGUCCGCGCAGCGGAGAUGGAGAGCGAUUGGCUGGAUCUGGCGGAGCGCGAGCCGGAGGAAAAGGAGAAAGCCUUGCUGAAAGAUCGAACGGUCCGCACUUGGGAAUCUUGGGAUGACGUCACUAGAAAAAUCCGCAAGGCAGAGAGAGGAGUAGUUCGCGAAGAUAACACUGAGGUGGAUUUGGAGAGAGCCGGUCUGCCGCUUGUGAUCUACGAGGUGUUUGAUGGCAGAGGCGCUUGGCCUUUCCUUCACAAGGACCAAGCUCUUUAUAGAGGCUUCAGUCUGACCGCGAACGCCGCGCGACAUCAGGAACAAGAUCUAGACGUGCAGUCGAGAUUGCCUGUGCUGGCUGACGACUACUACAAGCAGCGGGCGAUUGGAGACUUCGCCGCGAUCUUGACGGCGGCGUGGCACAUCGACGAUCAUCAUCGCAAUGCGUGGAUUGGCUUCCAACCGUGGAGAGUACCGGCAAUGAAGGCGAAGCUCUCUCUCUCAGAAGCGGCAGAAAAGGCGCUUGAAAACGCAGCGGUGGAGGGUACGUUCGGGGAUUGCGUGUUUUUCUGGGUUCGGUUAGGUCAUCCGGAGGCCGAUCGUCAUCAUCGGCGGCAAAAAAGGGCAUCAUCGGAAGAUCGGACCGGACUAUUUAGCAAGGAGGGAGAGGCGGGAGAUGCGUUUUGGGAUACGUGCGACGAAGUCAACAAUGGUGAAUGUCGUUCUGCCUUCACGAAUGCACUCAGAAGGAUGUACGGUCUUCCUGCGACGUGGGACAAUCUGCCGCCGAUGCAGAGUGAUGUUAUUCCUACAAUUGAGCCAGAUCAUCAUCAGCAUCAUCAUCAUCAUCAUCAUCAUCAUCAUCAUCAGCAGCAGCAGCAGCAGCAGCAGCAGCAGCAGCAGCAACAUCAGCAGGAGCAGCAGCAGCAGCAGCAGUCCUCUUGGGCGGCUAUGAAUGCCUGGGUGAUGCGGACUGACUCUUUUUUGGAGUUCGUGAUGUUUGCCCGCAUGUUCGUUGAUGCUUUGGACAUGGAUUUCUAUGAUCGCCACGUGGCAGAUGGACGUUGCCCUUUUGCAACGUCGCUUCUGCAGGAGAGCGAUGCUUGUUAUUCUCGGCUUCUGGAAGUUCUUGUGAACGUCUGGGCCUUUCAUAGUGGUAGAGGUCUCGUCUAUCUUCAGCCGGAAUCUGGCAGCAUGGUUGAGCAACACCCGCUCUCGACUCGGUCUGGACAGAUGUGGCUUCGGUUCUUCGACAAAGAUCUCAUCAAGCAGAUGGACGCUGAUCGUGCCGAGUUCUACGAUGACGAGAAACCCACCGCUCGAUGGCUGUGGCCUCACACGGGAGAGGUCAUGUGGAAGGGAAGUUUGGCUAAGGACCAGCAGUGGAGAAAUGCUCUCAAGAUUCUUCGAGAGGAGGCAAAGGUUAUCAAAGAGGCCAGGUUCCGCUUGAAGAAGGAUCAGACACCGCUGGGAGGACUGGGUCCUAACGGCGGGGUACCAGCUACUGGGCUGCUCUCAAGCAAUAACAGCUCGAGGGUUGCUGAGCAAGAAAGGGAGGAAGAAGAGGAUGAGGUCGCACGAUGAAGAGAAAGAGGCGGUGGAAAGACAGCAAAUUCUGGUUGGUUGGUGGGUUCGUUGUUUUGAUUGAUUGAUUGAUUGAUUGAUUGAUUGCAAUUGAUUGAUUGAUUGAUUGCAAUUGAUUGCAAUUGAUUGAUUGAUUGAUUGAUUGAUUGAUUGAUGGAUAGAUGGAUGGAUGGAUGGUAUCUUAUUCGUCCGUGAAUUAGUAUUGAUUGAUUGAUUGAUUGCAAUUGAUUGAUUGAUUGAUUGCAAUUGAUUGCAAUUGAUUGAUUGAUUGAUUGAUUGAUUGAUUGAUUGAUUGAUUGAUUUCAAUUGAUUGAUGGAUAGAUGGAUGGAUGGAUGGUAUCUUAUUCGUCCGUGAAUUAGUUAAUCAGUUAUGUUGAUUUCAGGGGUUAUUGACUGGUCAGCUCAUUGAGGCUGUGAAAUGCCUAAUGCAGGUGUUUGCAGGAGUGGGAGGAGAAAGACAGAAGGGAAGGAUCUCAUAAUAGCCACAAGCUGUCCCUUGCCUCCCUGUCUGUAGUAGUCCCCCCAUGCCCCCAUCCCGCGUUUGUUUGUUUUUCGUUCCAUGGGGGCUUUUCAUUUAUUAGAUUUAUAUAUAUAUAGAGUUUUCCAUCUGGUGUGGGUGCCAAUAAAGUUGUGGUCUUUCUGAGAGAGGAUCGACUUCGACACUUUUUUGCAGCUUUGACUCACUUUGUUGCUUUUUUUUUGUCACAUGGUUGGGAUUCAACCAUGACUUUGUCAUCUGUCCAGGUCUCAUUGAUAAAAGUGCAAGUUCUUG